AUGGCGCGGAUCCUGCGAGAAAACGGGAUCCCUGUCUGUCAAAUCCCAGACUCUGCUGUUGGUUAUGUUAUUGAUAAGGUCGACAAGAUUUUUUUUGGUGCCGAAGGAGUCGCAGAAUCUGGCGGAGUCAUUAAUCAAAUGGGCAGUUACCAGAUCGCGGUGCUCGCCAAAACCACCAACACACCAGUCUACGUUCUUGCCGAAAGCCACAAAUUCGUCCGACUGUACCCCCUGUCACCGGACGACCUUCCUACCGAGUACCCACUCGAAUUCACCACCAAAGUCGACGGCGAACGAGACAUCUCCGAAUCACCGCAAGUCGACUUCACGCCCCACCAGUACGUGACAGCCCUAAUAACCGAUCUCGGCACACUGACACCCAGCGGAGUCAGCGAGGAGCUCAUCAAGAUCUGGUUCGACUAA